UAUUGACACAGCUAGUGCAGGGAAUAGUGGGACAUAAAUGUAAACAUAAAUCACUGAAAAAAAAUGCCCUACUGUUGCGCGUUUGGCUGCAAAGAAAGACAGGGAAGGGGCAAAAGAUUUCACAAGUUCCCCCGUGAUCCAAAAAAGCGAAAAGUAUGGGAGCUGAAGGUGAAAAGAGCAAACUGGAGGGCAAAUGACUACUCAAUAUUGUGUGAGGACCACUUUGAGGAAGCAGCCUAUGAGACUGGCCGAAUUGAUGGCCUGAGGAGGCUCAGGUCGACUGCUGUCCCAACGCAGUUCGUCUUCACACCACCAAAGACCCCUGGCAGAACCACCAGGCGCAGUACGAGGACAGAAGAGGAACCGUGUGUUGGUGGACAGGAACGUGUACAAAUUGACCAUUCAUAUUGUUCUACAUCCUGUCCUGCAUCCUUUGAAGUUCAAACAGAUCUCAAAGUUGACCAUGAAGAGUUUGAUCUGAAGAACAACGCCUGCACUGGUGGGACUGUGAGCAGAGAGACGACCAGCGAGGACCUGGUCAGCCGGGACACGGUCAGCGAUGUGGCGGUCAGCGGGGAGACAGCGGGCAGGGAGAGUGUCAGCGGGGAAACUGCAAGAGGCGAAGAAGAACUGAACGCCUUGAAAAACAAAGUGGCAUCACUCCAGCGGGCUCUUGUAAAAGAAAGGAAAGAGAAGUGGAAGGUCAUCAGGCGGCUAAAACAACUCGAAGCAAGCGUUUCAGGAGUCUUCAACACAAAUCAGCUUUACAAACUUAGCCAAGCAAGUAGACGGGGGACAAAAUGGUCAGCUGACACGAUCAAAAAAGGUCUUCAAUUAAAGUUUGCAUGUGGUGCUAAUGGAUACAACCUGCUUCUUGCCCAAAAUCAACCUCUGCCAUCAGCUAGAUCACUACGAAGAAGUUUGGAAGCUGUCCCACAUUCGCCCCAUAGGGGCCAUCAGACGAUAGUAUCCAAUAUGGCGCCCAUGAUUUGAGUUGACCAAACUCUCUCUCUAUACGGCUCUGAUUAGUUACAUACAUCAUGUGUAACAACUUUCAGUUUGAGUGUGAGUGUUUUUGCACAAUAAUAAAUCAACCUAUGGAGGCACAAUUUACUUUUCUAUCAAUGACUUUAGAACGACAAAAUAACAUAUAGAAAAAGCAGUUGGUGUGCUCAGAAAUUCAAACAAAUAAUCAAGGAAGGGAACUCAAAAAGUAAAAAA